GAACAUUCACUAUUAUCGAAGACCAAGCAAGACCAGUUGCUAAGCUUAGCUAGUUCCAUCGAUCGGACAGAUUCGGUUGCCAAUAUUGUUAAGCCGGCUUAAGUGCAAGUCGAAUGUAACCUCCAAAUCGAGUGUUAUGAUUAUGAAUUUCGUAUUUCCUUCGAGUUCAUGAUCCUGCUUACGAAAUACAUCUAUUACACCGUGCUGACACAAGAAAUGAUAGAUUGUUACCGGAAUGAUUUUCAUUGAAUUUCAAUAGUUGCGUGUUUUUAACGGUACAAAAUGACUAGGGAAAGCUACUCAGAAUUGUUCAGGGGUACAUCCCCUCAACUAAUCGCUAUGUUAUUCGGUACACUCAAUGCCCUGUCUGACGGAAUGCAUUUUGGAUGGUCAGCACCAACGGUACCGAAACUGCUGAGGGGAGAAGAUGAUAUCAAAAUAACGCAAUCGGACGUGGUGUGGCUGGAAGUACUCUAUAUGCUUUUCGGCCUUGUUGGUCUUCCAAUAACCAUCUAUCUUGCAGAUAAAAUUGGAAGGCAGAAGUCUGUUUUAGUAGCAUCGGCCACAAGCCUCAUAGGAUGGACUCUCAUAGGAUUUGGAGAUAAAAUUGUUUAUCUUUUCAUCGCACGAAGUUUGGUCGGAGCAGCAGCAGAUGUAGCCUUCGUCUGUUCCCCAAUGUACGUGGCUGAGAUAGCUCAUCAAAAGAUUCGAGGUUUCUUGGCUGGAACCAUAUACGUAAUGGAAUUAGGCGGCAUACUGUUGGUGUAUUGUAUAGCACCGUUUGUAUCUAGAAGAAUUCCCCCUAUGGUGGGAGCGUGUAUAGUCAUAACCCAACUUAUUGUGUUCCCAUUCCUUCCCGAAUCGCCAUACUACCAUUUGUACAAAGGCAACGAAGCAAAAGCGAAAAAAUCCCUUCGAAGAUUACGAGGAACAGACGAUGUCGAAGACGAACUAACAGAAAUCAGUGCUGCCAUUAGACGACAGAAGUCCGAGAGAGGACGCCCCCAAGAUCUGAUUCUGGUUAGAAGCAACAGAAGGGCUCUGAUAAUAAUGACAAUAUUGAAUGGUGCACAACAUCUAGUCGGUUACACUGCCAUUCUGAUGAAUCUCCAUACGAUCCUGGACGAAGCUGGAGCCAGUUACAUCGAUUCGAAUUUCGCAGCUAUAGUUUUCGCUGGAGUUAUGUUCUUUGCCUCCAUAAUAUCGAUUCUGUCAGUUGAUAAGUUCGGAAGAAAGAUUCUCAUGAACGUCUCUAGUAUUUUCUCGUCUAUUUGCCUCUUUGUUAUAGCAAUUUUCUAUAAUCUCAAGUACAAUGAAGUUGACGUCCAAGCUGUGACUUGGAUUCCUUUAGUUUUCAUCAUGAUCUAUGCAGGGUUUUUCAAAUUCGGGAUCGGUACAGUUCCUAUCGUGAUGACUGCCGAGCUGUUUCCGGCAAGAGUGAAAGCGCUCGGUAUGACGGUGUCAGAUGGCAUUUACGUACUUUUUGCCAGCGUUUCGAUUUAUAUGUAUCAGUAUCUCUAUGAAAAUUUCGGUCUUCAUACAGCGUUCUACACAUUUUCCGUGUUUUGUGUAUUCACAUUUUUCGCAAGUCUAUAUUACGUACCGGAAACUAAGGGCAAAACUCUGGAAGAGAUACAGGUUAUGUUGAAAGACUGAAGACGAACCUACGAACUGAUCUGAUUAGUAAAUUUAGCUGGAAUAUAUUGUGAUAUGUUGAACUUUAAUCCCACUUCAAUGGUUAAAAUCAGGGGAAUAGUACAGUAAUCGUUUCCCAGUAUUCAGAUUCCG